AUAUCCACGAAGCCACGAAUGCGACUGUGUGGUGAGAGAAUCGAAUCGCUGUGUACAUACAUGUACGGUAGCAGAGAUGCCGGGACGACGGACACUAUCUAGCCAGCCACUGCUUGCACCUUUAUGGAAAGACAAUGCUCAACAAGAAUGGCGCUGAGGUGGUUGGUGCGGAGAUAUUGCCAUCAAACAGCCGACUAUCAAAUUGGAAACGCAUGCGGUGGACGAACCGGGGUAUCCCGGCAGUCCUGUCACUUGACGUUCUUGUGGCAUACCUCCGGCAAACAUCACGCUAGCGUUUGCUAGUGGUACUAGCUAGGCGUAAAUGUUGCCUACCUGAUAAGCCACAAGGAGAAGUGCAUCGCAACGGUUGAUUAUCAACAUCUGACCACCAGCUUAGUGGAGUUCCGAGGUGGUCCAUCUGAUCCUACAUGGUGGCGAAUUUCAACGGUAUGUUGCGGAAUUGUACCCGACCAAGCCACUCAUCCUUGUCCAUAAGCUAUAUUCCGCCUCUAGCUAUAACGGGGAGAGCUCAAACUUACUCCAAUCUUGACUUUCAGACACCGUCAUGUUUUGACCAUGGUCCAAUUUUUUGUGAUGGAGAGUGGCGAGUUUUUGCGUUGAAAGAAGCAUGUUAGUCGAUUGAGUCGAUGCGCCACUGAACUUGACAGGAGAACACAAGACUUAACGUGGGCGCUCCAGGCGUUCUGGGGCGCCAACAUAACAGCGAUGCAUCACAUCGACCUGCCACUGAUUUGCUUGCCCUGUUAUUGUUGUUUGUUGUUGUUGAUGGUAGCAUUUAUUUGUCUCUAUUAGCUUGCAAGAAGGUACAAGUGCAUUGCGUGUAUACAUGGCAGAAGCCUGCACGUCUCGGCUAAAGAGAGUUUGAGAGAGAGGUCGUUAGAGACUGCAGAGCCCAUUGUUUGUUGUCCCAAAGCAGAGAAGACAUUGCUUUCUGGGAUCCAUCGGCGCCGGCUGGUCGAAGCAUUGCCUGAUCGACUUGGUCAGCAUUGUCAUUGACCAUGUCUGAGUCCUCAUCAGAUGAAUAUGAGUUCGAGGGCUCGCCUCCGCAUCAGGCGAACGAAGAAAGCGAUUUGACGGCUCCACAGGACAAUACGUUGGCUCCUGUUGUUUCCUCGAAAACCGCUAGCAACGUAGAAGCAGAAGCAGUUGCCCCCAACAGCAAAGCUGGAGCCCAAGAGAAGAAGCUCCCCCCACAAAAGGCCAAAGGAAAAGCGUCCAAGUCCAAAGCCACUGAAAAGACCACAGCCAGCAAGAAGCAGAAACCCAGCGCAAAAGCGAAGAAACCAGCACAAAAGACCACCAAGAAAGGUACCACCAAGAAAGCUUCUGCCAAAGGAAAGGCGACAACCGCUAACAGCAAAGCUCCUGCCAAAGGAAAAGCCACUAAAGCUGACACCCCAGAAUCCACUGCAAUGGACCUUUUCUCAAAGCAUUACAGAGAAUUUGAACGUUGUACGACUCGACUGGAGAAGGUGGACCUUUUUGGAUUCUUCUGGGACGAGGCUCCUGAAGAAUUCGUCGAAGAUUACACAGCAAAGAAAGGGUCAACGGAAGAUGGAAACGCUAAAGAUGAUACCACAAAGGAAGAGGAGUCAUCAGAAAGCGACAACACGGAAUCAGAAGGUGCAAAAGCUCCAGUAGUAUACCCAAGCCAUCCUCCUGUCAAUUGGGAAAUGGUGCGACGCCGUCGAGAUCAUGGGCGCUAUGUUCUAGAUAUCAAGCAGCAACGAGAACAAAGCUAUGAACAGAUAGUGCAGUACUGGCGACAUGAACGCAAGGGAGUAACGACGCCGAAUCCCCCUGUUCUACACGCCAAAGGCGUGCAUUGGGACUUGUUCAAAGAGGAUAUUCUGGGAAUGUGCAACAGUGCUGCAGAGAGACGCAGCCCAGAAGAACCGGAUGAUGGCAAAGCGGGGUCCUUGUCACAUUCAAUCAAGAAAAUCAUUGGGGUCUUGGAGCAAAUAUACGAACGGACUGGUUGUCGUCAAAUGAACGAACUGGAAGUUGCGAACAAUCGCGAACAAUUCACAGGAGCGUUGGAUCGAACUACGAACACCGAAGCUGCUUUUCAGGGAAAGUGGCGUCAGAUUCCAUUCCCUGAAAGACAGUACGAAAGAUUGCCCACCAAGAAUGUUGUCUGUGCGGGGCUUUCAGAGUUGGACGAGCGAAUUGCAUCCUACGAACUGCGUACCAGCCUGCCAGAUUCGUUUGUUGGUGUUUCAUACAAGUAUGAAGACGACACUGGAAAGAGCGAGGCAUGGAUGAAAUCUGUCCUUUCUGAAACUGGAGGAAAGAAAAAGGCACAGGAAGCUGCGAUGGCAUUAGCAGAGGACGAAGGCGUCAUUCAAGCUCAAGUAAAAACCUGCAUGGAAAUGUUGUUGGUAGCUGUCCAGGACAAAUGCUUGACCGAGGCUGACGUUUUGCACCAACCAGAACUGCGUAGUGCCAACUGGGAAGAAGGCAGUGGGAAGGUGGUGCGCAUAGAAGAACCCGACCAAGAGGUAUCUGAGUCAUCGCCAGAUCUUGUGGAACAGCCAGUUUGGGGUAUUGACUGCUACACUCGCAGAAACGUGUCAAUUUGCUUGUCGACGGAGUUUGAUCAGGAGACAGCUCUUGUAUUCAUCGAGAAAUGGUUGUUGCCGGCGAUCAAUGCCUGCCCUGUUGAUUUGGCACAUGACAUCGCAAAUGCCGCGUUGAUUUUGGAAGGUCUCCCUUUUACUUGUACAGACAAACAGAACACACCCGGGGACAAUUCAAUAACUACCGAGGAGCGGUGGAGUCACUCGCUGAUUGGAAAAUCAUUGAAGAACAAGAUUCAGACGACUGGACCUCCUUGGUUGAAACUGGCAGCACGUACACUACGACGAGCCCGAGAGACAAUGGGGCCGGACUUCUUCCGGGUUCAUCCCAAAGGGCACGGUUCGAUUGUCCUUCGUCCAGUGAUAAAGCCAAACACAUUGGUGACUUACUACCGCGGCGAAGUCUAUCCGUCUUGGAGAUGGGGAGAGAAAAUGGAUGCGAUCGACAUCACGCAAGCUCGCAAGAAGCUAAAACCAGCGUUGCCUGAUUUCUACAACAUGGCCCUGGAACGCCCGCAGAAGGACCCGAGAAAAUACGGAAUGCUCUUCGUGGAUGCUUCACGAAAGGCAGGACACGGCAGCGCUGUAUCGCAUUCUUGCGCCCCGACGUGUGAAGUUCGAGUGGCAGCAGUCAAGGGGGAGCUGUGUCUCGCAAUGACAACGCUUCGUGAAAUAGAAAUGGGGGAAGAACUGACCUUUGACUACAAUGCAGUAACCGAGUCACUGGUCGAAUACCGCUCGGCAGUGUGUCUGUGCGGGUAUGGCAAAUGUCGGGGUUCGUUCCUUCACUUUGCUACAGCAGACUGCUAUCAGCGAGUUCUCGACAGAAAUGCUCCUAUCGCGGUUCGGUUCGCCAGUUUGGCCAAGGGAUGCAUGAAAGAGGUCAUGUCUGACGAAGACGAAAAGACUCUUCGAAACCAUGGAUUUCUGACGGCUGCGUUUGGCGCAAUCGCCGUGAACCGCCACAAAACAUCUGGGUUGCAGGACAACGAUGAAAUGCUGCUGGAUUCUAUGGACAACGUUCCAGUUUGGCUAAGAACGUAUGUCGCCGAUGUCCUGCGCUACAUUGAGUACGAACGCCGUGCGCUGCCUAUCUCUUUGAUAUGCGAAGACCUCUCGAAAUCGAAGGUUGACGCUACAUGUACCACUUUAGAGGUAAAACCAACGGAGGCGGGAAGCAGCGUUGGUGAUGCUGAUGAAAGCGCGGACGCCGGCGACGAUCCGGCAAGUGAGACGGGAAACGACAAACCCGCCAAAGCCUCCAAGCCAAUGCCCAUCUUUUUCUUUUAUUGCAGGGAAAACGACACACGUUUCCGCUCCAUUCUCAAGGAGGAAGAGGGAUUUGAAGAGAAGGACCUACCAGGCUUGGAGUUUACCAGAGCCAUCAAGCGCGUCGCCGGAACUCAUUGGAAGCGAUUGAGUGCUGAUGAAAAGGCAAAAUGGAAGCAAAAGGCUGAAAAAGACUGGGAAAAGCAGAAUUGCCAAAAGAAGGCCUUGGCUGAGAAGAAGCGCAAGCAGGCGCCCGCUGUCGAUGCGAAGAAGCAAAAGGCAAAGAAGUCAAAAAAGAAAAAAGAAAGUCUUGAAAGUAAGUUUGAGUCGUCGAACGUGUCCUUCCAAAAUGCGGACGCCGAAGGUGCUUCAGCGAUGGAACAAAGAAUCCAACAACUUGCACAGUCUCUCAGCCGCGUGGGUCGUGUCCUAGACCGACACCGAGAAGCUGUCCACGUGGCUGAAGACGGCGGAGCCGAGGCUUCGGCUGAAACUAUUCGCAGUCAAGUACACGCGCCCAUCACAGUGGCUUCGGAUGAGCAAAUUGUAGCAUGGCUGUGGAAUGGAGACGGACUCGUCCCAACGUUGUUGGCGAAGAUUGAAUCGGAGGAGUGCGUUAGCCCAUCGUUGAAAUCAGCCUGCAGGGACAUCAGGCAAAAAUACGAAGCUUUGGACAAGUUUGGUUGUUAUUGGGCGCUGCCAGAAGACUACAGAGAUUACCCAAUGAAGCCAAGGAAGGCCAGGAAGAAAGUUGCGAAUGCGCUAAUGGAGUUUCGGAAAGCAAUCCUGAGAGAGUUGAAAGUCAUGGCCAGGGAUUUCAAGAAGGGAAAACAGCGAGAAAAGUUGGAACGCAAGAAGCGCCUCCUUGAAGAUAAGCUUGCCAAGGGUGCCCCAGGGACACCUUCUACUCUCACAGAUGAGGCUGUCGAGUUGUCCUCCGAAGCGAAGGAAGGAAACCAACUCCAAGACCAACCAGAAGCCACACCGGCCUCCAAAGAAACGCGUGCUGUCUGUCUCGAAGGGAUCGAGACGCCUCAUCAGAAGCCAACGAAUGGCUCCUCCCCUGAGCUGGGCGGGUCCCACCCGCCUCCUGACGACAAACAAAAAACAACUACUUUGCCCGAGGUGGGUUCUUGCGAUUCGAGCAUGGCCACUCCUUCGUUGCUUUCGGAGGAUACCAAAGUUGCGGACAAUCCGGCAAUCAUUUCACGCGAAGUUUCUUCGGAAGUUGAAGAAGCCAAGGAAUGCGUCGAGAAUUCUUCGCCUUCUUGCCUUGCUGCUUCCGCCGGGGGGCCAGACGGUGUGGAUUCUACUGCUUGCAGUAGCCACGUGAAUGCCAACACAGAAUCGUUGCAAAUGGUGGCAUCUUCAUCAGCGGGGAGCCAAGAAAGAGCUAACGAGCCUGCUGCUUCUAUUGAGCCGAGUGAAGCCUUGGAUGCCCCAAGAAGCUGCAAGCAGACCGUGUCCCCAGAAGAUGCGAAAACUGAAGUAUCGACUGUCCUGCGUGAUCUUGUUGAAGCAGUCGUAGCGCGAGCAGAAUCCGUUAAUAAGAGUAAGGAGGUAACGAAAGAAAAGAUAGGCCAGAAAGACGACGAUGACGACGAAAAACCGAAGCCAUGGCUCAAGCAUUAUGCUCAACGAUACAAGCUACAAGCCACAGCUGACUUGCUUCUUUUGUAUGCCAAAACAAGCACUUUCUUUUUGAUGCAACCGUACAAACCAUUGAAGUCCACGCCGAUUGAGGUUUAUGCCAGGGAAAUCGGCAAUGCGGUUCCUCGGUCAGUCAUUGAUGAAUCGAUUCGAAAGACAACAGCCAAACAAUCCCCCAGUUCUCGACCCAAAGAUGAGACGACGCCCAACACGAAGCCCAAAGACGUAGAUACUUUGGAUGAGGAGCUGUGCAAACCGGAUGAAGUUGUUGCGGAAGUCACUGUCAGGUACCAGGGUGACUACGUGUUGUCCCAAUUGCUGCAGUGGUUCAAUGCUGGAAUAGGGCAGGCACCAGGUCUGCCUGAAACUCUUGGCUGCAUACGCCUACCUGCCAUCUCAGGGUGUUGGGCGCAGAAAUCAGGGAGCAUCCCAAAGACAAAGGUCGACCGGCCUACGGUUUACGAAACUAAGAUCAGGCCUUCCUUGGUGGACUUUUUCAGCGACCCACAGAAACGUGGGAGCCCUUGGCCCGGCGAUCUCAAGGCAGCUUUCUCGAAAAAGGGCUCUGCGGAUUUGGCAUCAGACACAUCACGCCAUUGGAUACCACUUGGGUCACCAGUUCUCGACCUUCUUGUCACCGGCGAUGAUUCCAGUAUACUCUCCAUUCUGGAUGAAUUUGGUGCAGACGAGGCAAAGAAACGAGAAUCUGGCUUGCUUUCAACGUUGGACGAAGGUCGUCCUGCGCAGGCUGUGUCCAAUUGGGUGCAAUGCGAGAAUCCAAACUGUUUGAAAUGGCGACGCAUCCCUUGGCAUGUGGAUAUUGAUGUACUGGCACAGAGAUUUGUUUGCAGUGACAACAAGUGGAACAAGGCCUCCAGAUCAUGUGAUGCACCUGAAGAUGACUACGAGGAGGCAGACAAUGAUGUUGUUGGCUCAUUCUCGCCUGGCAAGAAGCCCAUUAAAGCAAAAGUGAAGGAGGAAGGUCCCGAGGUCCCGACUGCGAAGAAGGCACUAACAAUCUCGGUUGCCGCAGAAGCGACCAAACCCGUGGACGAGACUCUCAUCGUACCUGGUGCUCGAUUUGAUGUUCUCCGGAAAGGCAAGUCGAAAUUUUCGGUUGGUGAAGUGGUCGAAGUGACAACUUCAGUGGAUGGAGUAAAGACGGCCAAGUUUCAUUUCCCAAAGUUGAAAAAGGAUUAUGACGAGUACAUUGAGUUCGGUUCACGCAUCGCUCCUCUCUACUCCAAAGUUGCCCCGCCGGAAAAGCGAAAGAAAGGGGAAAGUCAAAAACAGGACAGCAAGCGCCCUCGUGUUGAUGGUGCUUCUGCUGCGAGUCUGAAGGAAAUCAAACGUCCUCGUGUUGACAGUGGUUCUGCUGCAAGGCAGGAGGAUAUCAAGCGUCCUCGGCUUGAUAAUGGUUCUGCUGCAAGUCAAAUGGCGUUGUUUGCGUCUAACGAGACAGGGUUGUCUUCUUCGGAUCCCACAUCAACCCACAACAUUGCAGACGGUGGUAUUUCGUCGCAUGCCGAAGUGGCUGCGAAAUCGCCCCAAGCCAAUUCCGCCGCGGAGUCUUCACCCAAGCCCGAUCCAGCCGGGGUUUCUGGAAUGGUUGUGAGUCCUGACCGACUUGUUUCCUCCAUGACUAUUCCCCGCAAAAAGAGGGAGCAACAAAAAGACGAUGCAGCUCGAUCGCUUGUCAGCACGCUGUUUGGAACGGCGAAGACAAAGUGCGUAGGUCCAUCGCCCCCGAAAGUCAACGUAACUGCAAACGAAGCAGUUUCGCAUCCAUCUGAGCCCCAUCUAGCUGAGAGUUCAGCUCCACUGCCGGCCAAGCCCCCUUCCUCUGGCAAAUUGCAAAGCGGGCCAGGAGCUGCUGAAUCUCCUGUUUCCCACCCUGUUGACGCAGAAUUCGUGAAGGAACUGAAGCAGAAGAUGAAGCGAAGAGAGAAGAACAAGCCAAGGAAAGAGAAGAGAAAACAGGAAAAGAACAAACAACAGCACGAAGCUUCCUCUGUGACCAUCAGUACAACUGGAUCCGGUGAUUUUGCUGUGUUUGGUCACGCAGCAAGUGCUGGCGCAGCGUUGUUGGAAGGAGGAGAACUGGAAGAGGGAGAAUUGGAAGAAGGGGAAGUAAAAACAAAUGUUGCCCCCGGGCAACGGUUGCAAGAGUCUAUGCAAGAGCAAACUUUUGCAAGCCUGUCGCAGGUAUCCAAUGUUCAACAGGCAACCGCAAGCACUCUCCAAGCUGCAGCUGCCGAAAUUGGGCCUGAGGCACUCGGAGCCCUUUCUUCUUUGAUGAGCAUGAGGAUUCCCAGAAAUCAUCAGCCUGACCGAUUUGACCAACCCAACCGUCACAUUUCCACAUCGAGUAUGCAAGGAGAGAGAUCUGACCUCGUAGGAGGCAGGCACGUCGCCCGGGCGCCAAACACAAGCAAUAACAGUGCGUUUCCAACUCAGCAGCACGUCCAUCAGAAUGCUCGGAGCUUUCCGCAACGACCCCCUGAGCCUAACCCUACUCGAGAUGAGAUGACCCAGCAAAGCGUAACUCAGGUCUACUCGGCGAUGGCGAGGGAAAACCAGAAGGAGCUGCAACGGAUGCAAAUGCAGAAUGCAAUGAAUGCUCAGAUCCAACGGCAAAGGUUGCAACAAGUUCAGAGUGCCAUGAUGCAUGCUGAGAUCCAACGGCAAAGAAGCGGCGCAUCCUUCUUUCAAGCCCCCCCUCGUUCGAUUCCAGACCAUACAUCUCGGCAGUCGCGUCCGCAUGACAACUACAGCGACUACGCGGCGGACUUCAGAUUCGGUGGUGGCUAUCGCUAUCGUGACUAUCGGCACGACUACAGUAGGCGAUAAGAGUGUGCUGAACGACAUUUCAUAGUCUUUCUCCAUACAAAUAGCUAGCUAGCCUUCCGAUUCAGCUUUGCAUUUUCUGGAAAUUAAUCCCGCAAUUCUUUUGACAGAUCGAGUAAUCAGUCUUAAGGGCAGGAAUAUGCCGUAGCGGAACAUUGAGCCAAGAGCUACCCGACAAGCAUCAACAAACAACAUUUUGCAUGUGUCUAAAAGUGAAUUCAUCAUCCCUCUUUGAUUUGCCCUCCACUUGAUGCCGAAGGCGAUUGCCUGGAGACGAGAUAACCCUCGUUCAUCCUUCAGAAGACGCAUUGCGGACUUUCUCCGUUGGCUGCAUGGUCGAUAACGUGUCGAUACGUGAAGAGACAAACAACGGAACAGGUACUUUCAGGAACAUGACGUCCUCUUUUAAAAGGCCUAAACCGUGUCCUCUGUAACACAUCAACUCAAGCGAGCACAGCUGGCAACCUACCUUUUCUCUGUGAAGAAUACUUUGGAUAGGGGCACCAGCGCUUUCAUCAACACCGGCCGUGCCGCGAUAACUUCCUCUCUGGAGAGGGACUUGACAGUGGAGUUUGAAGCAGGUGGCAACGAUGCCCCAUUUUUGUAGAAGAUUCCAAUUUCCCCUAUCUGCAACUCAAAGAAUCCAGGCCUAAAGUUUGGAAUUGCUGUCAUUUGUUCGGCGAUGGCGAAUUUGCUCAUAAUCAAGCCAAUCUGAAAGAUGCCCAGAGUUUUGUUGAACUGUGCUGCAUCCGAAACUAACCGUGGCCCUCGUACCAAGCGGAAGUCUUCAAAAGGCACUUGGAGGGUGAAGAACUCAUUGUCUCGUUUUGUGUUGGGAAUUUUGACUUGUGCUUGAUACAACUGUUCUCCUCGAGCACUGUCAGUCCUGGUUGUAAGUUUCCACACUCUGCGAUGUGCAUCAUAGUCACUUGUCAGGCGACAUCUGAUGUAGAUCCCUUCAGAGUCUGAAACGUCAAGCCUUUCCGCGAAAGGUAAUGUACGAGCACCUACGAACCCUCUGCAUUGGAUGAAAUGGUCUGUUGAGCACGAUUUCUCUUGUCCAAAUAUGAACCUGAACCAUCAGUCCUUCGCUUACCCUCCAUCGACCCGACAAACUCCACUCCAGCGAGCAAAGCUCUCUCCGGGAACCUGCCGAACAAAUGAGCUACUGAUACCACCCAUAACCGCAUCAUCGAUUCUUUCAAAGCGAUCCGUUUCAUUCAGAGAACUAUCCGAGAAAUCAAAAAUGGGUCUAAAGAUAGGGCCGCUUUGCACAACAUGAUUAUCCUCGGACAGAGCCAUCGCUUGUGUGACAAGUCCAUCAUACCAGUAUCGCUUCCCCUCAAUUCUUCCAUUAGAAGGCGACACAAACGCCGUUGAUGUCCCCAGCAACAAGGUGAAAACCAGGAGUUUCAUACAGGAGCUAUUAUUUGGUAAUAACAUCGUACGUGGUCAUGCAUGCAUGUAUCGUCCUUGAAACUUGAAAUUGAGGCUUCGCCAGGAGCCCUCAACGACGAGUUCAGGAAAAACGAAGCUGGUUGGAAACAACGUGUACCGUAUAUCUGGUUGGUUUGGCAAGUAAAAAAAAAUGUUGCCUCUUUUGUUGCUGCGAUGGCUGCCUUUGGGUGUAAAAUGAAGAUCCUCAAUGGGACAUAGUGAUGGGAAAUUGAGUCUAAGUUGGAUUCCAGCAUCAUCAACAAGAGCGAUGAAGAGGUAUUUUCUAUCAUGUUAAUAGUAAGAUUUUGGCAAAAAGUGAGCCUCGCCUUGCGUCCGAGACAUUUCUUUCGGAAUCGGGAUUGAAAAAGGCAAACCGUUUCUUUAAAUCCCAGUUAGUCACAGAUCAGAAAAGAAGAAAAUCCAUGAUCUCAAGUAAAGCAACAAUAAAUCCCCGUCAAUCGCUCAAGCCCUGUUUGACCACUGAAACACCUGUAAAGAGAUGCUUUCUCUCACAAGCAGUCCACCAACAAGAUGCCGUCGCGACAUCAGCGGCAAUCAGCGAAAGAUCACAUGAUCACUCACAAAUUCCUCAAAGAUCCAGCGGAGAUUGCCCCAGUUCGUUGCUGACACCUCCCAUCUUUCCUUGUAACCAAAACAUGGCCACAGCCUCAAUAUAAAGACAACCAACCACACUCAACAAACACACAGCCACAAUCCCCUUUGUUGCAUGUCUUGCAACACUCACUCUGCAUCCUCCAUCUCUUCAUCCUCAUCCUAAAAUGGUAACAGUUCCAGAGGAGUUAGAAAUAAGACCAUAGAAAAGCAGUAGAAACCAAA